AUGCUCCGCGACGAGCUUCUCCGGUCUAAGAACGAUGAGAUCGCAAACUGUUUGUUGUCGCGCAAGCGAAAACUGACCGAGUUGUAUUAUGCGACCGUGGGGUUUGAGGGCGCGACCGCCGACUCUCUGUAUCAGCAGAAAGAACAGGCCUUUCUCGACGCCAACGACCUCGCCAGAGGUCGUUACUUCGACGAGAUCACCCUUCCAUCACCCACUCAUGCGCAACAACGUUCUCCGACCAGAAAAAAUGUCGCAGUAGCUACCUUAACAGACGCCAAAACAUCAGAAGCAGCUGGCAUCACGCCCCCGCCUACGGUCGAUGGUCACGCCCCUUCGCUGCCGACCAAACCCAGUCCGCAAGCUGCGCCCAUCGCGACCCAGCCAGGAGCCGCAAUACCGACUGUCACUUCGACCGUGAAGCAUGCAACUGGCCCGAACCAGUCUUCUGUGCCAGCCACGAGCCCAGGCCGGCUCCAGGGGGUCGCUGUUCCAUCCUCGGCCGCCCCAUUCCACCAUAUUAGUAGGAACCAGAACGGAAGCGCGUCUGUAUCUGAGACCCCUCUGAGUUCCCAAGAGCACGAUGGAGUGGAGGUCAAGCCUUCUACUAUUGCAGCGGUACCAGCUGCGACAAGCACGACGACCUCUCUGGAAAUCCCUCCCCAUACACUCCCCCGAAAGAAAUCCGACUCUCGACCUUCUCUCACUCUAGGCCCGUCACACCUAGAACAACCUCUCUCACCCGCCUCCUCCAUCGAUCCCUUUUCAAAUAAUACUCCUGCUCCCGUCGAUGCUUCGCCUGAUACUAGUCCCGGUGAGGAAUUGACAGAUGCUGGCAGACCGAGUCCCAAACACAUUCGAUCUAUGAAGCCUCGUCCAGGUCUCGUGCCGUCCACCCCAGACGAGCAGUUGCGAUUGGAAGAAGCACAGUCGAUGCAGAAUAAUACUGUGGAUGGCGUGCCUCCGACAAAUGAGGUGAUUCAAGAGAGUGUGGACUCGACAAUUGACCAGGAUCCAAUGGAAGUCGAACAGGACCCUCUGGUCCAAUCUCCCGAGACGAAGCUUCCCGCAAAAACGGCCGUAGCUCGGACAGAGACGUUAUCACCGACGGAGCGUUUACCGGAAGGAACUCAGCCUUCUGCGGAGGAGGGUAUCGUCGCCAAACCUCCAAUAUCAAUACCUCCCAUCCAAACAGAUGUCUCCCAGCCUCGUAUGACGACUCGCGUUUCAUCAGGCGCGAUUAGACACAAGUCUGUGUCUGAAAUUCUUGGAGAAACACCAAGAACAGCAACCCAUGACCGAGGUCAUGGCACUGAGCCUGAUACUCCUGACAGUGUCGCCCGCAUGCGAUUCAAAGAUCGCAAGGACCGCGAGAAGGAAAGAUCCAGAGUAUCGACUGUUGUUUUUCCCAAACAGCCUUCUUCCUUGCAAGACAAGAGCGACACAUCGGACCUCGAUAACCGGGAUUCCGGGGAUGCGGUUGCGAAAUUGCAUGAGGAGCAGGACUACCUUUUCACCCUGUUUUUGAAUAGGGCUUAUGCACCUCCACGGGGAACCAACCUCAACACCCUUCUCGCGUCCGCCCACAAGACCUUGAGUACAUCGAACCAUCUUCUUGAAUACCAAGAGCAGAUGGAUUGUCGGACUCUUCGACGUAUCUAUGCCCUUCAGAAUGCGAAUCGGUGGCCCUUGCGGCAGAUGAAACGGUCUGCCGAGCCCCCCCGCUCGUCUAGUCAUUUGGAUGUCCUCUUGGACCACAUGAAAUGGAUGCGCACAGAUUUUCGGGAAGAGCGUAAAUGGAAACUGGCCGCCGCCAAAAGUUGCGCCGACUGGUGUGCAGAGUAUGUCAACAGUGACGAAGAACAUCGGGCACUCCUACGCGUGACGGCGAGGAUUCCUUCCCCCACCACGACGCAGGACACUUCUAAAAUGGAGGUGGCAUCUCCGGAAGAUACAGGAGAUGAAACCCUCGCUGCUUCUCACCCAACACCCGAUUUGGUCCCAUCUGCCGAGGAGGAAUCGGUCAGUGAUGGGUUCAACGAGGAGCCCCGACAUGAUAUAUGCGACACAGUUGCGCCUGCGGCCAUAUUCUCUCUUGGCUCCGACGAAUUUAACUUCUCGAUUGAUAUGACCCCUGCUGCCGUGAAGUUGUUGGAUGAGUUGCCGCUUUAUGAGCCAGUUCGUCUUGCCCAAGAAACUCGCCUCCCCGCAUUCAAAGAUCUCCCUGAUUCUGCCUGGAAAACAGAGCUCCUUCCUGUCUCCAAAUUUGCCUCAUCCAAAAUCACCUUUAACGAGGAAGAUGAACGUCCUCGAAAGCGUACCAGGUACGAUUACUCUCAAUAUGGGUCCGACUCGGAUCACCGGAUCGCGGACAUUCCACCAGAGCAGACCAACGUUGCCCUGUUCCGACCAGAGAACAAGCAUAUUCGAGACCGAAUUCACCCAGGUCAUUCUUUCCGGCCUCCCACUGAGCACCCCAUGCCAUCGGUUGGGUUUUUCGAAUCCCGGCAGUCGUCGCAGUGGACAAUGUCGGAGGAUGACGAACUUCGCCGCUUGGUUAAAGAGUAUUCCUAUAACUGGUCUCUCAUCUCAGGUUGUUUGACCUCGCCAUCAUUGUUUACAUCUGGAGCUGAACGACGGACUCCUUGGGAGUGCUUUGAACGCUGGGUGGGAUUGGAAGGCUUGCCUGCGGACAUGUCCAAGACUCAGUACUUCCGAGCUUAUCAUCAAAGGCUUGAAACUGCGCAACGUACCGUUCUUGCCCAACAACAAGCUGCUCAGCAGCAGCAGCAGCAGCAACAGCAGCAACAGCAGCAACAAGCAAACAAUGGCCAAGCCCAGCAGCAGCCGAUUCGUCGCCGGACAACCCAGCCUCUGCGUGUGGAUAGGCGCCGAUCUUCAAGACACCUUGCUCUACUUGAUGCUAUGCGGAAGUUGGCGAAGAAGCGGGAGACAAUGUUGCAGAAGCAGCAACAUGCUUCCCAUCUUGCUUCCCUCAGGAAAGUGAACGAGGCUAAUCAGCCUAAGCCUCCAAUUUCGUCGCCUGCUGAAUUCAGCCGUCUUAAGUACGACCGGGAAAUGAAACUUCAAGAGCGUCAAGAGCAGUACCGGCAGCAGAUGAUCGCCCAACAGAGAGCGAGUCUCGCAGCCCAGCGUGCUGGCCAGCUUCCUAACCAUCCACAGCAGCAACAGAUGAUGAAUGCUCAAGGACGGAACCCUAACAGUAUUCCUCCGAAUUCGACCAACCCUAAUAUGCCGAAUGGUACACCGAAUGGAGUUCCUGCUGGCAUGGCUCCCAAUGUUGGUGUCAACCAAGCUCGUGCUCAGCCAAUGCAGGGCCUGCCUGCAGGUUCUGCACCUGUCAAUGGUCAAAUGCCAGCCAAUGCCAUGGCGGUGAAGAUGAUGCCUCAAGGUCAAAUGCAACAGAACGUGGGCGUUCGCCCUGGGAUGCCAAUGCAGGCGUCUCCUGACAAUGCCCGAGUUAUUCGAGAGGCAAACCGGUUGCAAGAACAACAGCGCCUGCUUCAAUCCCGUCAGCAGCAACAGCAGGUUCCUCCCCAGCAAGGCCAGCCCCAGCAACCCCCGCAACAGUUCCACAAUCAGCAGUUUGCUACACAAGGAUCUCACUCGCCAAACAUGAAUUUGCCAAAUGUUAACGGUGCCCCGAACAAUCCUGCUAUGAUGGCUGCUCUCCAGGCCCAGGGAGGAAUGCAGAGCCCAUCGUUCCAUGGAAACACACCACAAGGGGUUUCAACGCCAUCGCCUCGUAUGGGUCAGCCCAAUCCCCUCUCCGGUGGGGUUGUUCCCACAAUAAGCACCUUCCAAAGCCAGAUCCAGCGAGCGAACCCAAACUUGCCUGCUGAACAAGUGAACAAGCUGGCUACUGACCGCUUAAAUCAGUACCAGCAGCAACGCAUGUCUCAGCAAGCUGCUAUCAAUGCAGCCGCAGGUGGUAUGAACAAUGUUAAUAACGUUCAAGCCAACUUCCAGGUUCCGCAUGACGGAAACUUCCAGACUCCACCGCAACCUGGCAUUCCCAAUGCUGGCCCAGCCAUGCAAGUUCCUCAGAAUCAAGGCUUUUCCCCGAUGAUGCGAGUGCCCCAGGCCAAUCAACAAAACCGGGUAAAUGUUACCAGCUCGCCGGCAAUCAAUGGUGCUGUUCCCCAGGCUAGCCGGAGCGCAACACCUCAGACCCAGCGCAGCGGUAGCUCUCAGGCUGGUGCGGUGCAAGGCUCUAGCAAGAGUCCACACCCUCCGCCUGCCCAAACAGCGAGCAGUUAG